UGUCUGAAGCUGAUACCACGAGAUCAAGUCUACAAAUGGAAAAUCCUGAAGUGGCUGUGAGCAGGUGCAGUGCUCAUGAUGAUGAAAGUCUUUGCAGCUACAGACGACACCCAUCGGUUUCACAGGAGCUGCUUAUGGAAGACCAGCUUAGGAGGAAAUUAAAAUUCUUCUUCAUGAACCCAUGUGAAAAAUUCUGGGCCCGCGGCAGGAAACCUUGGAAACUUGGAAUUCAGCUACUCAAAAUAGCAAUGGUGACUAUUCAGCUGGUGGUUUUUGGACUGAGCAAUCAAAUGGUGGUUGCUUUCAAGGAAGAGAACACUGUGGCAUUCAAACAUCUCUUCUUGAAAGGAUACAUGGAUAGAAUGGAUGAUACCUAUGCUGUAUACACACAAGCAGAUGUUUAUGACCAGAUUUUCUUUGCAAUAAACCAGUAUUUACAGCUGCCCAACAUCUCCAUUGGAAAUCAUGCUUAUGAAAAGAGAGGAGCAGAAGAGACUGCUCUGGCCRUGUGUCAGCAGUUCUACAAGCGAGGAACCAUCUGUCCUGGAAAUGACACCUUUGAUAUCGAUCCGGAGAUUGUGACUGACUGCUUGUACAUCGAGCCAAUGUUGCCUCUAGGCAACGGAACCGUGGGGAAGCACAAUUUGAAUUUCACUCUGGAUUUCCACAGACUGGUGACAGUGCAGCUCAUGUUCAAUCUGAAGGCAAUCAACCUGCAGACUGUUCGCCACCAUGAACUCCCUGACUGUUACGAUUUCACCCUGACAAUAGUGUUUGAUAAUAAAGCACACAGUGGAAGAAUUAAAAUACGUCUAGACAACGACAUAGCAAUCAGGGAAUGCAAAGACUGGCAUGUUUCUGGAUCAAUACAGAAGAAUACUCAUUACAUGAUGAUCUUUGAUGGUUUUGUUAUACUGACUUGCCUGGCUUCAUUGAUCCUUUGCACACGAUCAGUGGUUAAAGGAAUUCAUCUCCAAAGGGAAUUUGUAAACUUCUUCCUACAUUAUUACAAGAAAGAAGUAUCUUUCAGUGAUCAAAUGGAAUUUGUCAAUGGAUGGUACAUCCUGAUUAUAGUUAGUGAUGUCUUAACUAUAGUUGGAUCCACUUUAAAGAUGGAGAUACAAGCCAAGAGUCUGACAAGUUAUGAUGUCUGUAGCAUACUCCUAGGAACAUCCACUAUGCUUGUAUGGCUUGGAGUGAUUCGCUACCUAGGUUUCUUUCAGAAGUACAAUCUUCUCAUUCUAACCCUGCGAGCAGCACUACCUAAUGUGAUGAGGUUCUGCUGUUGUGCUGCUAUGAUCUAUCUGGGCUACUGCUUCUGUGGAUGGAUUGUGCUGGGACCUUACCAUGUGAAGUUCCGUUCUCUGAAUGUGGUUUCUGAAUGCCUUUUUUCAUUGAUAAACGGAGAUGACAUGUUUGCCACCUUUGCAAAGAUGCAGCAGAAAAGCUACUUGGUUUGGUUAUUCAGUAGGAUCUACCUCUACUCCUUCAUCAGUCUGUUCAUCUAUAUGGUGCUAAGUCUCUUCAUUGCACUCAUUACAGAUACAUAUGAAACCAUCAAGCACUACCAGCAAGAUGGCUUUCCAGAGACAGAACUUCAGAUGUUCAUAUCACAGUGCAAAGACUUACCAAACUCUGGCAAGUACAGGUUAGAAGAGGAGAGUUCUGUAUCCCUCUUUUGUUGCUGUAAUGGUCCCAAUGAAGGUAUCUAAUGGAUUGUGGGAGUGUAUUUUGCAGCCUGUAAAGCAGCACCCAUUUUAAAAAUUGGAUAGUGGUCUGGAUGGAAAAUCUUAUACCUUAAGCCUAAAUUUUUCUCCAAAAAUAGUGCAAGUAGAAGAAGCUUGGGAAAAACAUAAGAAUCUUGAAGAAGUGAGAGAGCUGAAUGAGAAAUUCAGGUUUGAAGGGUUUUUUUAAAGUUCUUUUUCCUACUUGCUUCUUAGUGAAAUUACAGUAGAAUGCAAAGGGCACUAAAAAGCUGUGUUCUUGGCUAGAUUCUACAAGUAGACUAGAAAUGCAGUAAGUACCUUUCAGCUAUACAUAGAAAUAAUAYUGGACAACUGCAACUUUGACUACCAGACUAGCCCUCCGUACUGCAGGCACUGUCCAUCUAUAUGACUGACUACUCCAUGCUCCCAGGCUUUUGUUUUUCCAGCUGUAGUAAAAAUAACCAAAAUUAUGAAAUUAUAACUUGCUUCUCGUACAGUGAAUUGAUUCAAAUAUUGCUCAGGAUGUAAAAAUAAAUAUUUAUAUAAAUGUAAGUUAUGCCAUUUGACAUAACUGGCAGUCUCUCCUCAGGGAGACGAGGCAUAUGGCAGCCCAAAACUAAGUUUGAGAGAUUAGUUGAGCGGAGAAGUGUUAAUGUUCUCCUUUAACUAACUUCAGCUAGGCUCAAUGACAGUYCUCAGCUUCUUUUAGCAGUGUGCUGACAUUAUGUUUUUGAAGAAAAAGAUAAAAGCACUUUCAAAUAUCUAUUAUUUUUAUUUAAAAACUUCCUCUGGUACACAGGUUGGUAAACCUGGGACAUUUAUUUAAAUAUGUGAGAGAUAAGACUCUGAGAGUCAUAUCUCUCCACACUUUAAAAGCUGAAUGUUUCAAACUAAGCUAAUAAUCUGAUACUGUCCGAGGCUCUCUGAAACAUUAGAUCCUAUUAAAAAAAAAGAAAGUUAAAUGUUAACAGCUUAGUUUGUAUUGUUUYUUCAUUGUGAAUCCAUUUAAUGGAUGCCUUAUUUUCUAUAGUCUAUUUGCUU